AUGAAGUCCAUCACGCUCGCUGCCGCCGCCGCCGCCGCCGUCCUCUCGGCUUCGCCGGCGCUGGCGUUGCCCAGGAGCACGCUCCGGGUGUCCAACGACGUCGCCAUCAACGCGGCCACGGCGUCUUCCAAGGUCAAGUUCGCAGGCCUCAACAUCGCGGGCUUCGACUUCGGCUGCGGCACCGACGGCACCUGCACGCAGACGGCGCAGAACGCCACGGAUCCCAUGGCCGUCAGCGACGCGCAGGGCCAGAUGGACCACUUCGUCAACGACGACGGGCUCAACGCGUUCCGGCUGCCGGUCGGAUGGCAGUACCUCGUGGGCCACCAGCUGGGCGGCGACCUGGACGCGGCCAACGCGGCCAAGUACGACGCGCUGGUGCAGGGCUGCCUCACGUCCGGGGCCGAGCUGUGCAUCAUCGACGUGCACAACUACGCGCGGUGGAACGGCCAGAUCAUCGGCCAGGGCGGGCCGACCAACGAGCAGUUCGCGUCGCUGUGGAAGCAGCUGGCGACCAAGUACGCCGCCAACGCCAAGGUCGCCUUCGGCGUCAUGAACGAGCCGCACGACGUGCCCGACGUGUCCGUCUGGGCCGCCACGGUGCAGGCCGUCGUCACCGCCAUCCGCGAGGCGGGCGCGACGUCGCAGUACGUGCUGCUGCCGGGCAACGGCUGGACGAGCGCCGCGAGCUUCGUGUCGGACGGCUCCGCCGCCGCCCUCUCCAACGUCACCAACCCGGACGGCUCCACCGACGGGCUCAUCUUCGACGUGCACAAGUACUCGGACAGCGACAACUCGGGCACCCACACCGAGUGCACCACCAACAACAUCGACGACGCCUUCAGCCCGCUCGCCGACUGGCUGCGCGAGAACAACCGCCUCGCCAUCAACACCGAGAGCGGCGGCGGCAACACCGACUCCUGCGAGAAGCUCUACUGCGAGCAGAUUGAGUUCCUCAACAAAAACGCCGACGUCUUCCUCGGCUACACUGCCUGGUCCGCCGGCGGCUUCGGCGAGACGUACGAGCUGGUGCAGACGCCCAUCAAGAACUCGAACGGCAGCUACACCGACCGCCCGCUUACCAAGAAGUGCACCGUCGGUGCGUGGAAGAGCGCGUGA